GGUAAGAUUCCAUAGAAUCUCUGAUAUUAAGUAACAUUGAUAAAUACAAAUUGCUAACACGUUACCUUUUAUUCUCAGAUACACAAAUACAAUACCAAGCCUCAUUUUAGCAUCCCCAGAAUCUGUGUACCGUGAAAUAAAGAUACAUUUAUCAUGAGUCUUUCAAAAACAAUGCAAGCUAUCUAUGCCUCCCGGCCUUCAGCGACAGCGCAGCUCCAACUUGUUCUUAAGUCCCUGCCUAUCCCAACAAUUCCCUCGGGUUCCAACACAGCUUUGGUUCGCGUCCACGCAGCAGGAAUCAAUCCUUCUGAUGUUGCCAACGCAAUACUUGAUCGAUUUGGGGGAAGGAAGCCUAUAGUUCCAGGUCGCGAUUUUGCUGGUACAGUCAUUCAAGCCCCAUCUGACACCCAACUUGAAGGUGCUGAGGUGUACGGAACUUCUGGUCGAGAACUUAGUCUCUCCAUUGAUGGGACUCAUGCCGAAUAUAUCGCAGUGCCUGUGGAAGGCUUGGCUAUCAAGCCAAAAUGUCUCAGUUGGACUCAGGCAUCGGCCGUGGGUGUCCCAUAUUUAACUGCUAAUUUGAUGCUGGAGAAAGCUGCUGCACGUGCUGAGGAUGUGAUCCUGAUUUUUGGUGCCAGAGGAGCUGUCGGAAAGGCUGUAAUAGAGCUUGCCAACGCCAAAGGACUCAAGACCAUUACUGCUUCGAGGGUAGAUGGUGCUGAUAUUAAUGUUACAGUGGAUGACAAUCUGCAUAAGGUGUUGGAGUUGAACCAUGGAAGAGCACCUAGCAUUAUUCUUGACUGUGCAGGAUCACCAGUAUUGAUGGAGAAGGGCAUUGCGAUAUUAGGGAAGUCGGGAAGAUAUAUAUUUGUAUCUGCCAUGAGAGGAGGUGGGCCGGAAGUAAAAGUCAACGUCAUGAAGAUGCUAGCAAUGGAUCAAAGCUUGCAUGGAAUCAAUAGCUGGAGCCUCACCUUAUCUGAGACAAAGAAUAUCAUGGAUAAGCUAGGAAAAAUGUUUGGAGAUGGAGAUAUCAAGGGCCCUGAGGAAGAGUCACUGACCAAAAUCAAACUCACAGAUGUGAUUGACGCAUAUCAGGAGGUGGCAAAAUUUGAUGGAAAGAAAUUCGUGGUUGCUGUGCAGGAUCAGUAGUCGAGUGGUUGGCUUUUAUAGUAGAUUUGAAAUGCGAUUCUCUCCACAAUUUUGACUACCCAGGCAGUAAUAAUGAUGGUUUUUGACUGCACACUCUAAGUCCACAAACCUUACAGAUGUCUUAGGGCACCUCAAAACAUUAUUGUAGGCGCACGUGAUUUUCUGACACGUGUUCACGCGUUUCGUGUUGUCUAAAUUUCAGUA